CUUUGGACGUAGCUGCUACGCUGGGCAGUAUGUCUGGGCCGUGCUCCUAUGCUUCCAACCAUAUAGACCAUCCAGGACACAUUUCUCAAGCUGUGCGCCGCCUCGACGCUCAUUGACCCCGGCGUAGCUUACAGGCUCACGGAGAUAUGAGCUCCGGUCAAGUGUGGCCAAGGCUUGGGCUUGGGAUCAUCGAGUAAGCGAUAUGAAAAGGACGCCAAGAGAAAGCUCUUGGUUGCAUAACGAUCGUUGUGGAGAACACGGUCGCUACAUAUUUAACCAGGCCUCCCGCUAGUGUAUGAGGAUCAGCCAUACUUCGCCCCUAAGGUGGACUGAGUUACGCCGCCGCCGAGUUCCUUCCAUCCUCGUCGAAUUUCUUGACGUCGACAGACGCUCUGCUCACUUGAACGACGCACGAACGGCGGCAAUGCCGGCGGGCAAGACAGCCCAAACGAGAUGGUGGAGUCAUGAAGAAAGAAAAACAAAAUCAUAUCCCCUCCAGAAAAUAACAUACAACACCAGGUAUUCGCUGAUCGUCACCGACUCAACUACUAAUCCGGCCCUCAUGAAGUCUUAGCUGUGAGAGCCUGGA